AUGUCGCUUACCGAAAUACAUCCGUCGAGGUCAUCGCAGUUACAAACUAUGACAACUACCAUCAUCGUAGCUAGAUUCAUAGCAACUACGCCCAUAACAGCAUUCAUCGCAGCACUCGCCAUCACACUCAUCGUCACAUUCCUUGCAGCACUCGCCGUCGCAUUUGUCACAACAGUCGUCGAUGCAUUCGUUGUGGCACUCGUCACAGUAUCUAUCAUGGCAUUCGUCGCAAUAUUCGUCGUCGCAUUCGUCGUCGCAUUCAUCGCAAUAUUCGUCGUCGUUUUCAUCACUGCAUCCAUUUCCUACAUACUUCUGACUGCUAUCAUUCUUUGUGCCAAUGCUGAACCUCGGGUCUUUGUAAUCCUCGUAUUCGUAUUGAAGGGGUCUUGA